GCAGACCUCAGUUCGCGUUUUACAUUCUGCCGUGUCGCUCGCAAGUCGCGUCGUCGGCUGUACAAUCUCCACUACGUCACCAACAUCAGAUGCACAGUGGUUACUGAUAUCACGAAAAACACGACGUCGGACAGUGAUCAGUGGUGCAAAUAGGAGUUGAGGACGAAACACGUCACUUUAUUCGCCAGUUAUUUAUAGUUGAUGGAACCGAAAAGUCGUGAAUAUGAUAUAGUACCUACUAGGUAACAACAUCGCGUACUUGUUUCGUGUUAAGUUAACGUCAACGGGUGACCUUGUGUGCUAACAAGUGAAAUUAAAUUUAUACAAACUCUAACAAACUUUUUAAAAAUGUCGGAGAACACACAGGAUAUUUUAAUAAAAGAAGCCGCGGCCGCCGCUGCAGUGAGUGGAUCGCUAUUUAGCACAUUCGACAUAAUAAUGCUCGUCGUUUUAUUUGGGGCGGCAGUUUGGUGGCUCUAUAGUUCUAGAAAAGACAAUAAGAAGGACGACUUGUUACUAAGCAAAUAUUCAAUUCAACCUGCAGCAACAAUAGAAGUAACAGAAAAUUCAUUUAUUACCAAGCUUCAGUCCUCUGGGAGAAGUCUAGUUGUAUUUUACGGGUCACAGACUGGUACUGGUGAAGAAUUUGCGGGUAGACUGGCCAAAGAAGGAAUAAGGUACAAACUGAAAGGAAUGGUUGCCGAUCCAGAAGAAUGCGAUAUGGAAGAACUUGCAAAGCUAAAAGAUAUAAAGAAUUCUUUAGCUGUGUUCUGUAUGGCAACGUAUGGUGAAGGAGAUCCCACGGACAACGCCAUGGAGUUUUUUGAAUGGCUAAAGAAUGGAGAUCCAGAUUUAACUGGAGUAAAUUAUGCUGUGUUUGGCCUUGGAAACAAAACAUAUGAACAUUACAAUGCAGUUGCUAUCUAUUUGGACAAGCGCCUUGAAGAACUUGGAGCAACACGAGUAUAUGAAUUGGGAAUGGGUGAUGAUGACGCAAACAUUGAAGAUGAUUUUAUUACAUGGAAAGACAAGUUCUGGCCUUCUGUAUGUGAGAAGUUCAAUAUUGAGAGUACUGGGGAAGAAGAGUUAACAAGACAAUUUAGUUUGGUCUCUCAUUCAUCUGGAGAUAUUUCACCAAAUGAUGUCUUUAAGGGAGAAAUGUCCAGAUUGCAUUCAUUGGAAGUGCAAAGGCCACCGUUUGAUGCUAAGAAUCCAUUCUUGGCUCAGAUCAAAGUUAAUAGGGAAUUACAUAAAGGUGGAGAUAGAUCAUGUCUUCAUGUUGAGUUAGAUAUAUCAGAUUCAAAGAUGAGGUAUGAAGCUGGUGAUCAUGUGGCAGUAUACCCUACAAAUGAUGUAAACCUAGUCAAUAGGCUGGGAGAAUUAACUGGUGCCAAUUUAGAUGAUGUGUUUUCCUUGGUCAAUACAGAUCAAGAGAGUUCUAAAAAACAUCCAUUCCCUUGUCCUACUUCAUACCGUACAGCACUUUCACACUACAUAGAGAUAACGGCUCUACCUCGAACACACAUUCUCAGAGAACUUGUGGAAUAUUGUACAGAUGAAGAGGACAAGAAAAAACUACUCCUUAUGGCGACUAACUCUCAAGAGGGUAAAGCAUUAUACCAGUCAUUUGUAGCAGAUGCAUGCAGACAUAUUGUGCAUAUUUUGGAGGAUAUUAAAUCAUGUAGACCACCGCUUGACCACAUUUGUGAAUUGUUACCUCGACUACAACCAAGAUAUUAUUCUAUCUCCUCAAGCCCAAAACUGCACCCAGAGACAGUGCACAUAACAGCUGUGGUGGUGCAAUAUAAAACGGCAACAGGUCGGGUCAAUAAGGGUGUGGCCACCACUUGGCUGGCAGAACACAAGCCCCUGUCUGGAGAACCAUUGCCAAGAGUUCCAGUAUUCAUCAGAAAGUCUCAAUUCCGACUACCGUUACAAACACAGACACCAAUUAUGAUGGUCGGUCCUGGUACUGGUUUGGCACCAUUCCGUGGAUUCCUUCAAGAGCGCGCCAUCGCCCGUCAAAAUGGCAAAGAAGUUGGCAACACCAUACUUUAUUUCGGUUGUCGGAAUCGUGACCAAGACUACAUCUAUAGAGAGGAAUUGGAAGAGUAUGAGAAAAAUGGUGACGUGACCCUUCACGUAGCGUUCUCUCGGGAUCAAGACAAGAAAGUUUACGUAACACAUUUGUUGGAGAAGAAUUUAGAUCAAAUUUGGGACGUCAUCGGGAAACGAAACGGACACUUCUAUAUUUGCGGUGACGCAAAGAACAUGGCAGUGGACGUGCGCAAUAUCGUGACGAAGGCCAUCAUCGAAAAGGGAGGCCGCUCGGAAAGUGAGGCCACGCAGUUCCUCAAGAAACUCGAGUCCAUGAAGAAAUAUUCCGCCGACGUGUGGAGUUAAGGAAAAAGAAUUUAGCUCAAUUAACCUGAAUCAAAUGUGAAUUACGAACUGUUGUUAGUGAGAUGCUAAUGCGGUGGGGUUAUCGUGACUAUUUUUUAAUUUAUCAUUAUAUUCUAUUUUGACUAGUUAUUCUUAUAACUUUGUAAAAAUAAACUUUGAAAUCGACAUUUAUUAUUGCAAUCUUCAUGCGAUUAUUUAAUUUUUUUUUUCGUUAUCAGCGAUUCCUAUUUGAUAAAUAUUAAAAGCUAAUCUAGCUUAGGAAACAGUUGUCAGGUCGUUAUUUUAAUGAUUAAAUAUUACAAAGCGUUGUUUUAUUCAAUUAAUUACAUUUAUUUGACGAUUAAAAUGACGACCUUGAUUUAUCUUAUACAAUAGAUGACCUUUGGAUAUUAAACCAAAAAUCGCUUCCUUAUUUAAAAAAGAAAUUACGUAUUUUUAUAAUAAACAUGUGCUUACCAUAUUUUUGGGACGUAAUUUUUAGUAAAAAAUAACCGUUCAAAGAACUAAAUAAAAUAAUAAACGAAAGUCACAUAGCGUUCUAAUUUAUAAAUAAAUUUUUAUAUUAAAGGAUAAAGUAAUGGCCUUAUUUAAAAUUGAAGUCCGAACGAAGUGUUAAAAUUGUAUUGUUUGUUAAAGUUGUGUGUUGAAUAAUUGAUAUUUAGAUAAGUGGACUGGGAAAUAGUAGUAUAUAAGAAAGGUUGUAAUAUUGACUUUUAUAAAUACGAUAAUAAAAACCAAUUCAUUUUAA